AAGUGUAAAAUAUUCGUAAUUUCAUAUCAUGGCCCGCAAGUUUCCGCCAGCGGCAGCCCCCGGUCAUUCCAUCCAAAAACAAUAACACAUACGACGGGGACGACCCUCCUCCUCCCCUCUCAUCUUCUCCAUUUUUGACCUAUCGGGUCAACCCGACUCGGAUAUCCGAUUAUCCGACUGAGACACGUCUCGGAUCUGCAUACGCCACCCUACCAACCGCCCACUGCUCCCGAAUUCCAGAUCCAGUCGUCGUUGCUAAGCUUCAGGCACUUAGACGACUAGCUCGAAAAUGAUUGCAAUUCCCUAUUUGACCGCGUUAACCACCUACUUCAGCUAUGGCUUGCUCUUCGCUUUUGGGCAAGUCAGAGAUUUCUUCAGAAAAUUCAUCGACUGGUGGAGCUCUAAUAAUCUCCAGGGUUAUGCUCCAAUCUGUUUAGGACUUGAAGAUUUCUACGUCCGUCGUCUCUAUCUUCGAAUUCAGGACUGUUUCAAUAGGCCUAUUGCAAGUGCUCCCGAUGCUUGGUUUGAUGUGGUUGAACGUUACUCCAAUGACUACAACAAGACACUCAAACUAACCUCAAACACAAGCCGAUGCCUUAACUUGGGAUCUUAUAACUACCUUGGCUUUGCUGCCGCCGAUGAAUAUUGCACGCCUCGUGCCAUCCAGACAUUGAAGAAAUAUUCUCCCAGUACCUGUAGUAGCCGAGUUGAUGGCGGCACUACGGCUUUGCACAAUGAACUGGAGAAGUGUGUUGCAAAUUUUGUUGGAAAACCUGCUGCUAUAGUUUUCGGCAUGGGUUAUGUCACCAACUCUGCUAUCCUUCCUGUACUGAUUGGAAAGGGAGGUUUGAUUGUUAGUGAUUCUUUGAAUCAUAACUCCAUUGUUAAUGGCGCACGAGGAUCUGGAGCAUCCAUUUGUGUCUUCCAACACAACACUCCAUCCCAUUUGGAUGAGGUUUUAAGAGAACAAAUAGCAGAGGGACAACCUAGAACCCGCAGGCCUUGGAAAAAGAUUAUUGUCAUUGUGGAGGGCAUAUACAGCAUGGAAGGGGAGCUUUGCAAACUUCCUGAGAUUAUAGCAAUCUGCAAGAAAUAUAAGGUCUAUACGUAUUUGGAUGAGGCCCACAGUAUUGGAGCUGUAGGAAAAUCAGGACGAGGUGUUUGUGAGCUCUUGGGAGUAGAUACUGCUGAUGUUGAUAUCAUGAUGGGAACAUUUACCAAAUCCUUCGGAUCAUGUGGUGGCUAUAUUGCAGGAUCCAAGGACCUCAUCCAAUACCUGAAGUACACUUGCCCUGCUCAUCUUUAUGCAACUUCCAUAUCACCACCGGCUGCAGAACAAAUAAUAUCAUCCAUUAAGGUCUUACUUGGAGAGGAUGGUUCUAACAGAGGUGCCCAGAAACUCGCACGAAUAAGGGAGAAUAGCAACUUUUUCAGGUCAGAACUGCAAAAAAUGGGUUUUGAGGUUUUGGGGGAUAAUGACUCCCCGGUAAUGCCAAUUAUGUUGUACAACCCAGCCAAAAUUCCUGCCUUCUCACGGGAGUGCCUUAAACAGAAUGUAGCUGUCGUGACAGUAGCCUUUCCUGCAACCCCACUGCUGUUGGCAAGGGCACGUAUCUGUAUAUCUGCUUCUCAUACAAGGGAAGACCUACAGAAAGCCUUGGACGUUAUUGGCAGAGUUGGUGAUCUGGUGGGUAUAAAAUACUUCCCUGCUGAGCCAAAGAAGCUGCAGGAAGAAGAGCCGCUGAAGUUGGACUGAUUUAGGUGCGUUGUUUUAGUUUUAGCCUGGAAUUGUCAUUUGUCCUACAUGAGGUCAGGAGAGGGGGGAAAGAAGCUGGAGUCUGGACUAGUAGUGAUAAGUGAUCUCGCUGGUAGUUGCCUUGUGAUUUAACCUGUGGUAUAAUGCUGUCUGCUUUGUAAUAUGUCAUAUGUUCUACAUCUCAACGUCUGUAUCAACAUGCUUGAUUCAAUCUAAUAGGGCGUCCUUGUUCAUACACUCCCUCAUCUUGUUGGAGAGGAUAGUAUUUGAAUAUUUUUAAUGUAGUUUUACUCGAUUGAUUUUCUUUCUCUUUCAAUGAGUUGUACGUCAUUGUUA